CACACACACUCCCCAGAGUAGGGAAACCGUCAUUUUCUUACUCGCCCUCUGACAUUAACCACCUUCUCUGUCUGCACUCAAAUUCAUCCCUGGCAAUGAAAAAUGAGCCUCUCCCCCACCCCUGCUGCCGCCUUUCGCCUCACGCCCCCAGAGAAGAGUGUCUCCGUGUGGCAGCCGGUGAAGGUUUUUUUCCACGUCACAUGAUCCAGGAUGCAGGGGGAGAAUCCUUCUUGGAACAGAGAUGGGCCCAGAAGUGAAUCUGAUGAGGAGAGAUAAGGUGUGCUGCGGGAAGACUAUAUAAGAAUGGACCCAGGGCUGCAGCAAGCACUCACCGGAGUGGCCCCUUCUCGAGACACAGCCAUGCAUGUGCCAGCGGGCUCCGUGGCCAGCCACCUGGGAACCACCAGUCGUGGUUAUUUCUACUUCACCACCACGGCGCUGGCUCUGUGUCUCGUCUUUGCUGUGGCAACCAUCAUGAUGUUGGUAGUUCAGAAGACGGACUCCAUUCCCAACCCACCAGGAAAAUUCCCCCUUAAAGGAGGAAAUUGCUCAGAGGACAUCUCAUGUGUACUGGAAAAGUCUCCAUUCAGGAAGUCAUGGGCCUACCUCCAAGUGUCAAAGCAUAUAAACAAAUCCAAGUUGUCUUGGAACAAAGAUGGCAUUGUUCGUGGAGUCAUAUAUCAGGAUGGGAAUCUGGUAAUCCAGUUCCCAGGCUGGUAUGUCAUCAUUUGCCAACUACAAUUUCUCGUGAAAUGCCCAGAACAUUCUGUUGACCUAAAGUUGGAGCUUCUCAUCAACCAAGACGUCAAAAAGCAGACGCUGGUGACAGUGUGUGAGUCUGGAGCGCAAACCAAAAACAUAUACCAAAAUCUCUCUCAAUUCUUGCUGGAGUACCUCCAGGUCAACACCACCAUAUCAAUCAAGGUGGAUAAAUUCCAGUAUGUGGAUACAAACACCUUUCCCCUUGAGAAUGUGUUGUCGAUCUUCUUAUAUAGUAGUUCAGACUGAACCAUUUCUUCUGGCCUUCAGGAAGAAAGCCACUCUCUACCAUACAGUACUUCAUCCAUCCAAACACUUGGGCAAAAAGAAAACUCUAGACCAAGACUGAAAUCACAAAGGGUAUUAAAUAAUAUGCUUCUCCUUCUGUCUCUUGGAAAAAUACAGCUCCAGGGUUUAAAAAAAACAAACAGUUUGAGUGAAGUGUUUUUCAAACAGAAAGCAGGGAAGCAAGGCAAUAUGUGGGAAAAGCCCCACAUGGGCAUCAGAAGGGUUGGAUUUAUGCCCUGGCCCAACCACUAACUGGCUCACUGUAUGACCUGGAGCUAUUCCUUUCCCCUCCCUGGAACUCUGGAUCCAUGUCUGAAAAAUGAAUGGGCUGGGUUUGAAUCUCUCCAAAAUCUCUUCCAUCUCAGAAGACCAGGAUGUCUUGUCCCAGACCUGUAAAUUCAGAUUCCAGGUAGAAGCCCCCAGCCAAAGGGAAGGCCCUCGCCUCACACCAUAUAAAUCUGAUGGUACUAGUAGGAUCUGGCCGCAUGUCACCUGAAAGGAGUCGGAAUUUGGGGAGGAGGUUCAGGGUACCUUCCCAAAUGAUGUGAACUGUGGGAUCUAAAAUGUAUAAAAGAAAGGACUGCCCAACUGACCAUACAAAUCUAAGAGGCCUCCUGGAAUUUGGAAAGCCUUCUGACCAGGCUUGACUCCGUCCAAGUUAAGACUGACAACACAUCAACAACAUACAACUCUCAUUUCCUAUAGAGAAGGGCUGUGCAUUCAGCAAACACUCCAUCUGCAUCCACUGGUCAUGGUGAUGUGGCCAUUUGGUCAGGGACCAGCUGCUGUCCUUUCUCACAUGCUCUCCCUCUGCUCCCUCCUUCAAAUGCCUCUCAGGGAGCCAUUUCUGUGGAGGGCCAUUAAGGGCCCCGAAUGUUGUUGGUAAAUGAUGAUGCCCCUGAACAUGGUGAGGACUUCUAUACCAUGGCAACCUCCUCUCCUGAUUGGGGUAAUUGUGAAAUUUCUCUAGCUACACCAACCUACCUUUAUACCCAUCCAUCUUUUCUGGAAGGAGCACCUUAUCUGUUGAAAAGGACCAUUGAGCUUGAAGUAUAAUACCCCAGAGUUUCUGCUUCAGAAGCAAAAGGGACCCUUUACUGCCAUCCAAAAGAAUGGAGCAAAAUUUGCAUUUUUCUCAAGAAAGGUGGCAGGGAAAAGAAAAAUAUAGGAAAUCAGGAAAGUCUGUCAGAGGAAAAACUAGAAAAAGUGCUAAAGAAAAGAAAAAAAAAAAGCCAGCAGUGUUGGUAUGGAUGAGAAGGACUCAAAAAAACAAAACAGCUGAAGAAAAAUUGAAGUCAUUUGCUGAGCAAUGUGCUGUGUCAAACUCCUCCGCCGCCUCCUCUGUGAAACAUUCAGUAAAGUCUGCAUUUCUCCUAAUGCUUUUUAUGAGUAGAUUCUUUGGGAGGAGCGGGCAUUGGAAGAGGUGUUGAAUUCAGCAAGCCAAGUAUGUAAUAAACACAGAGACAGGUUUUGAGGACCCCAAACCAGCAAGUAAGAGAGCACCUGGCAUUUGAAUUAUACCCGAACUCUGAAGGACAAAUGAACCUUGCUUAAGCCAACUCCCGCGUUCUUGAGAAGGUAUCCGCAAUCUAAGGUUGUGUGCACUAAGCAAAUUUUCUACUGUCUCAUAUUCAAACUUGAGAAAGAUUUCAUCUCUCUGAGCAGAGGCACCUGACUUUUAUACUUGAGUGGUUCCUGCUCUCAGUCUCUGUCAAGCAAUGACCUGCAAGCCAACAGCUGAAGACACAGGGGGCACAGCAUUAAGGAGUCCUCUAGCAAAACAAAAAAAUAAAGGGGAAUAAUCAUUA